AUGCUUUACACCAAAUCAAUUUUAUUAUCAUUAAUUUUUUUGAUACUCAUAAUCAGUAAAGAAAAUACUAUAACUCAACAAUUUGUGGAUUUAAUGUCACCAAAAACAAAACCUCAAAAAAUUUUGUUAAGCAUAUCAGCUGUAGCUUCCCAGUAUGAUAAUGUUCUCAAUAUUUAUGAUCAAUGUUGGACUAAUGCAUUGAGUAGAGAUUGUAUAAACAUAGUUCUGACGCUGGUAUCAUUUUGGGGGUUUUCAUUAAUAGCAUUAAAUUAUUUCAGUGCUCAAUUUACUAAUAUAAAACCUUCCAUUAAAAAAGUUGACAAGAAACGAAAAAAUUUCGUUCAAUUUGGUAAUGCUAAAGCUAUAUCAUUAAAGGAUGGAAUAGAAAAUGAUAAUGAGAUUAAGUUUAUUAUCGAUGAGGUUUCUGGUAUAGGAUAUACUCCAAGGUUUAAGGAAGACUACAAAUUGGGCAAAGUGGGAUUGUUAUUAUUAGGAAUGGAUGAAGAACAAUUUUUGAAACCAUUGACUUUGAUUGAAGCUCAUAAUAAUGGAAGUUGGUUAAUACUGCAAAUGAAAGUUGUAGAUAAAAGUGAUAUAUUAUAUACCACCAUAUCUUCAAAUGGUAUUUUCAAGUGGUACAUCAAAUCUGAAACGAAUUCAAUUGGAUUUGAUUCUCAGAAUGGUUUCAGUAUGAGAAGUGAUUCACUAAAAGAUCAAUCAUAUUUUGAAGAUAAUACAAUUCUACUCAAUAAUUUUACUGGUAUAAUAUAA